GGGACGCCCAGCUCCUCGGCCGUCUGGAUGGUGCGUCUGAGCUGACUGGUCCACACCUUCAGGAUAUGUGAGGUCUGCCGCUCUCAGAUUCCUUUGCCUUGUAUGGCUAAAGGCUCCAGACGCGCCCGGCUGCGGGACGCUGACCUUAUUGGCCGGCUCAGGAACAGGGAGGUGUGGAGAAACGCCUGAAAAACCAAACAAACUUCCCUUCAGCCCAGCGCAGGAACAGACCGUCUUCAACCCUUUUCAACUCAAAAACAAGAAGCAAACCCUGCGGUCAGAAUGUCUGCAGCCAAGCGUGCCAAAGGAAAGACCACAAAGAAGCGGCCGCAGAGGGCCACGUCCAACGUCUUCGCCAUGUUCGACCAAUCACAGAUCCAGGAGUUCAAAGAGGCCUUCAACAUGAUCGAUCAGAACAGAGACGGAUUCAUCGAUAAAGAGGAUCUACACGACAUGCUGGCCUCUCUGGGGUUCAUCCAUGAGGACCAUCUCCGCGAGCUGCUGACCACCAUGGGUGAUCGUUUCACUGAUGAAGAAGUGGACGAGCUGUUUCGCGAGGCGCCAAUUGACAAGAAAGGAAACUUUAACUAUGUGGAGUUCACUCGCAUCCUCAAACACGGGGCCAAAGACAAGGACGACAUUUAAAAACAGCAGCAGAUUCAUAUGUAUGUCAAGAUCUAAUGAUCCUGAUGAUUCAACAGUUCAGUCUUUU